AGUAAGAGUAAACUCCCUCUCCUUCUUCUCCUCUGUGACUUCCUUAGGCAAAGCCCUUUGGGGAGGGCCAGAGGUGCCCUAGCACUGAUUCUGAUGCAGAGUGAUCUUCUACAGCAGGAUCAAAAGCAGAAGCAUAUUUUUACAGGAUGCAAGAAUCCACAACCGUGUGGAUAGCCCUGACUAACCUGGGGUGAGGGAGCAGAUUAGGGUGGGCUGGGGGCUGGAUGCCAUGAGUCCCUCUCACCAUGAACCUGGAAGGUCUGGAGAUGAUUGCUGUUUUGGUGGUUCUGGUCCUCUUCAUUAAAGUGCUGGAGCAAUUUGGGCUUUUUGAGCCUGUCUCCUUGGAAGACAGUGUAGAGGAUGAGUAUGAGCUCUCCACUGUUUGUCAUCGGCCUGAGGGUCUGGAACAACUACAGGAGCAAACCAAGUUCAGCCGCAAGGAGCUACAAGUCUUAUACCGAGGCUUCAAGAAUGAAUGCCCUAGUGGGAUUGUUAAUGAAGAAAGCUUCAAACAGAUCUACUCACAGUUCUUCCCACAAGGAGAUUCUAGUACAUAUGCGACUUUUCUUUUCAACGCAUUUGAUACUGACCACGAUGGCUCUGUCAGUUUUGAGGACUUUGUGGCUGGCUUGUCCAUUAUUCUCCGUGGCACUAUAGAUGAUCGGCUCAGUUGGGCCUUCAAUCUCUAUGAUCUGAACAAAGAUGGCUGUAUCACCAAAGAGGAAAUGUUGGAUAUAAUGAAAUCCAUUUAUGACAUGAUGGGCAAGUACACUUAUCCAGCCAUGAGGGAAGAAGCACCCCAGGAGCACGUGGAAAAUUUUUUCCAGAAAAUGGAUCGCAACAGAGAUGGUGUGGUGACUAUUGAUGAAUUCAUUGAGUCCUGUCAGAAGGAUGAAAACAUCAUGAGUUCCAUGAAGCUUUUUGACAAUGUGAUCUAGCUGACCACACCUGGAGCCAAGACCAUCACAUACACACCAGGGCUUCUCUCCUUGGCGUAUCCUGAGGCACUCUUCCCUUGGCUGCAUGGACAAAGCAGUCCCAUUUUGUGGAGACAAUCCUCAUGUAUUCAAGAUCCAACUGGGGUGGGAUGGGGGAGCCCCUACAAUGGGAAUCAAGUGGGAGUCUUUGUCUGGAUUGGAUAAGGCUAAGCAAGGAGUGUGUCCUAGAAUUUACAAGCACUUGUUCUGGGAAAUUAACUACAAAAUGAAUCAACUUGUUGCCUCCCCAAAAACUGCACUGACCUAUCACUAUAUAAUGUGCUUAUCCUAAGGACUUCUCAAAUCACAGCAACCCUAUGAUCCCUCAUUAGGGCUUUUACACUCUCAAAUGGCAAUGUAAGCAUCAAUUGCUAAGAACUCUUAUAAAUGUACUCUUACCUACAAUGAAGGGAGUCCAUCUGAUCUGCACCAAGAUUCUCACAGCACAUGGAGUAAUAUUCCAAUGCUUCCAGCAAGUGGAGGCAAUAUUUUUCAGUGUCAAGAUAUCUUGCAGUUCUGCUGCUACAUUCAACUGAACUCUUAGCUAUUCUGGAGAAAACUGCAGAAGAAUGCUAUUUUGUUUUGAGAAUUCUUUUGUUUGCAUCCACAGAAAAAGAGUGGGUACUUUGUAUCACUCAAGGCCUAGGUGCAAAAGAACAAUUAACUUCUGUUUAGAAAUCAGGAGAUAAGUUAUGAAUUAUGUUGGGAUUGCUAUUCAGAGAAAGAGUGCUCAGCUGAAUAAUUGGGUCAAAGAUUUUCACUGCUCCCUGUCUUAGUAAAUAAGGUGAAAACAGAACUAGAAACAGGGAAACCUACCAAGCGGAAAUAUUUAGGUUAGAAUGGAAUCUAAAUCUCUUUCUACAUGGCCUCAAUGGAUGUGUUUCCAUGCGGCUCCAGAUGAUGAUAUAUUACCAUUAGUUACUUUCUACAGCUAGAUACUGUACAGAAGGACCAAGAGUGCCAGCAUCCUUGAAUGAGAAACGAAGGGACCAGCUAAGGGUUUUGGGUAGCAAUAUGCUUAAUGCCAUGGUAAUAUCCAUGUGUGAGGGCUCUGGGCUCUUGUGGCAUUAGUCAGGGCAGAAUUCAACCUUGUGCCUUGUCUUUGAAUUAUGUGUAUAGACAGAUUACAAACAGAAGUAUUAUUGGGGUGGAAGAGGGACCACAUGAGAGGAGUAGGAGAAAAUAGGGGGAGAUAUAACUGGCUGUUCCUUUCCUGUGCCAACAAUCUCCUUUUUCUGCAAAGGAACUUUCCCUUAGCAUUUGCAGAGUGCUAUUUCUGUGAUUUUGUUUGUUGGUUUUGUUACUACAGUAUUACCGUGAUAAAACAGCCUUUGGGCCUUCAGUAGCCAAAGCAUUAUGAAUGAUGAGCAACUUCAGACCAUGCUUUGCUCCAAGGGAGUGCCAGGUUCUGUAUAGAACAUAACAGCAGUGCAGCAGUGCUAAAUAGGCACAACAAGGAAGCACACAGUAAUCACAGUAAAUAGACAGUAAUGGGGAUGCACUAGGAAAAAAUCAGUAUUAGUGGAUAAAACUCGGAUCAUUUAAAAACACUUUGCUGAAAAGAGCAAAGCCUUUUUAAGGGUUUAAGUAAAAAUAAAAAUAACUCCAAGGGUGCUGAUGAUAGAGAAGCUGUGUAAACUCAGGAGUAAUAUGGAAACUCAGUAAAAUAGGAAGAGAAACAGUCUGGAAUAAAAAUAUGAGGAAAGAGUAGAACCUUAACAUUGAAUACAACAUUGAAAGGGUCAAUUUAAGGGGAAACGUAAUGUGACAAGAGAUGAGACUACUUGAGACAUCCUAAAUAGACUGGAGGGAAGAUGCCCAGCAGGAGAGAAUGAAGUACUGAAGAUAUUAUAUUGAAUCAAGACAAGAGAUAAUAGGAAAAUAGGCAGGCUUUGUUAUUUAAAUUCAGAAAGAAAACAAGCAGCAACCGUAAAAAUUCUAACAUAGGCAAAGCCAAAGGUAACAAAGAAGAUACCAAAAUAUGCUAAGUGUUACUGCUAUAUAUUAGCCUUUCCCCAAAAUGAUGUCCACAAAUUGGCUGGGCUAUGAUACAUCUGAAAAUAGCAUUUGGGGAAAUACUGUUGCAUGCUUAUUUGUAAGCCUCCCGGAGUCACUUUUAUAAUAUGAUGGACGCUUUAUAAAUUUAAUAAAUAAAUAAAUAAAUUCAAGAGAUCAAGUAAAAAUCUAAUGAAAUAGACAUGAUAACAUUCCCC